CAAAUUAUUUCCUAUGGAUUAUGAUAGAUGGUCUGGACCUUCAGGCGUACCUAAAGCUUAUUUUGAUGAUUGCUUUGAAACAAUUUUAAAGCCUCGAUUUUAUUUUAAGAUUAAUGAAGCUGGUGCAAAACGGUAUUGCAAAUUGAGUAUGGGAAGAAAAUGGGCUGCAAAUAGGCAAAGCUUAUGGAAUGAAUUCAACGAUCCAACCAAAACAAGAGAUGAAAUCAUAAAAAAUGUGCCGAUAGGCAUAGAUAAAGAUCAAUGGGCUCGUUUUGUUCAUUAUCGUCAUAAACCAUCAACAUUGGAACUUUGUAGGAGAAAUAAAGAAAUUUGAAGCAAGCAAGUUAUUCCACACACUGGUGGAUCCAAAGCUAAUC